AUGUUAAAGAACUUGAAGUUGAAGAAAGACGGUACGAAGCAGCGGUUGACUUCUGCGGACAUUUCAAGUCCUACCCAGAGUACUGGAAAGGGCAUUGACGGUAUGAAACAAGUUCCGAUUAGACAAGUAUCUACUUCCUCUCAGAUUUCAGCAGGCCACCCAAGCAGCAAGGGUAGAGAUAUUUCUUCUCCAGAAAAGGUUAUAAAAGCUCUUUACAACUAUCGUGCCCAAUCGGUGGGUGAACUAUCAUUCAGCAAAGGCGAUUUCUUCCAUGUCCAAAGGGAAGAGAAUGAUUGGUACGAAGCAUACAAUCCAGUUGAUAACAAAAGAGGAAUGGUUCCAAAGAAUUAUUUCGAGACAUUUGGAAGGACGAGGCCAAAUUCCCACACAUCGCCUUUGAAAAGCCUUGAUAGAAGCGGUUCAGUAGGUAGCAACCAAAUGCUGCAACAGCAACCAUCUAAUAUGGGUACUCUUUAUGCCAUAGUUCUGUAUGAUUUCCAAGCUGAAAAAGCUGAUGAAUUAACCUCAUAUGCAGGAGAAAAUUUAUUCAUUUGUGCACAUCAUGAUUAUGAGUGGUUCAUUGCUAAACCUAUCGGAAGAUUAGGUGGUCCUGGUCUAGUGCCAGUGGGAUUCGUAACGAUUAUAGAUAUUGCUACAGGGUAUGCAACAGGAAAUGAUGUCAGGAGUGACAUAGAAUCUGUCAAUCUACCAACAGUACAAGAAUGGAAAAUGAACAUUGCACGCUACAAGGCUAGUAACAUCACAUUAGGAUCGGUAGAACAACAAAAUCAAUCGUAUGGUCAGAAACAACGCUCACAAUCCAGACAGAACUCUGUAAACCAACAACAAAACAUCUAUCAUCAUCAGCAACAACAGCAACAUCCUUAUGCCCAUUAUUCUGGGAAUUCCAGAGCAGAGAAUGGUGAUAGUGGCGUUACAGUAACACAUGCCGCUGUAGAAAACUUUUAUCUUCAAGACGACAAGUAUUGGUUCCAGCUUUCUUGUCAGUUGUCAAAUAACAAAACGCGUAUUCUUAAGCGUUAUUAUGAGGACUUUUACGACUUACAAGUGAAACUGCUUGAUGUUUUCCCUGCGGAAGGUGGGAAGCUUAGAGACGCAAAUGGCCAAUGGACUAAACGUAUUAUGCCAUAUAUUCCUGGGCCUGUACCAUACGUUACCGACACCAUAUCUAAGAAAAGAAAAGAAGAUCUUAACAUAUAUGUGAAGGACUUGAUCUCUCUGCCUCCUUAUAUUUCACAGUCGCAACUAGUAAAAGGAUUAUUCACAGUUAAAAACAACUGGUUCGAUCGGGAGUUAAGCAAUGACGAAACCAUGGAAUUAAGUUCUAAAAACCCACUUGAAGACUCUACUCUCACAACGGAGGAACUCGAUGUGGAGCUUCCUGAAGCUAUGAAAGGAUUAUCUAUGAGAAACGUGAGCGAAAGCAGCAAUAUUAAUAAUAAUAGUAAUAAUAACAGUAAUAAUAAUAAUACCCUGGAUGCUGGUAACAGUGGUGCAAACACUAUGACUCACUCAGCUAAUGUAAAGUCAAGGCCGCCUAGUGGAUUGGCUCCAAGAAUCGAAGAUGAGAAACCCGUGAAAAUUAAAUUCUAUUACAAAGACGACAUUUUCGCCUUAAUGUUGCACCCAACUAUCACUUUUGAGGAAUUAUGCAGCAAAAUUGCACCAAGAAUUGAUACAACUACGUUUAAGUUAUACAUCAAGAACGGAGACGAAAUUGGCCCACAAGUCACAUCAGACAACCAAGUUCCAAUCUUGAUCCAAGAAAAACGUAAGAUUCACGUUGAUGAUAAUUAA